AUUAUUAUAGUUGGUUACUUCAACAAGAAAAGAGAGAGAGAGAAAAACAGAGAAAAGGAAAAUGGCGAAAACAAAACUGUUGUUGUUGGUGUUGUUUCUGGCUGUGUGUUUGGGAAUGUGCAGAUCAUGGAUUGAAGAUGUUGCUGAAGAAGAACAGACCAAUUCCGAAGCUGUCCAAAACGCAGAUUCUGUGUCUGAUUUGGCUCGUCAACAAUUCUCCCAAAGUUUGGGGUUGGGAAAUGAUGAUGCUUCUCAAAACAUAAAUUAUAAAGCUCAAGAUGCUGCUUCAAGGGUCGCAGACACAAUCAAAUCUGCAGCAUCGGAAGCUUCUGAUUAUGCUUCCCAAAAAGCCGCAUAUGCUUCCCAAACGGCUGCAGAUACUAAGGAAGCAAUUUCAGGAGCCAUGACAUAUGGAAAGGAAAAAACAUCAGAGGCUUAUAAUGGAAUUGGACGUGACGAAAUCAUCAGAAUGCCAACAGAUAAAGUACACGAUACCUAUGAAGAUGCUAAACAAAAACUAAGUACUGCUUCAGAUAAGGCUUCAAAUAUUGCUCAAAAUGCCAAAGAUAACAUUGGUGAUGCCGUGGAAUAUGCAAGGGAAGGAGCAGCCAAUGUUUAUGACCAAGGGAAGCAGAAAUUAAGCACGGCUUCAGACGUGGCAUCAGAAAAAUUCUACGAUGCUAAGGACACAAUGGAAAAUGAAAAGGACAAAGCGAGGAAUGCUUAUGCUGAAUUUGUGCAGAAAAUAAGUGAUUUAGCUUCAAGUAAUGAUAAUGGUUAUGAUGAAGCAAAGGAGAAGAUCAAGAUAGAUUCACGAAAAAUGUAUAAUGAAGCAAAGGAGGGAAUGAAUGAUAUGGUUGGAAGUAAGGGCAAUGAUGCGAAAAGUAAGAUAGGAUGUGGAGGACACAAAUCGGACGAAACUUUUGAACGGCUCAAACGUGAGGUGCAUGAAGCUUAUAUGACAGCAAGGAAGUCCAUGGAUGAAGAGGCUAAGGCUAAUUAUGAGGCUACUAAGGAGAAGGCUUCAGAAGCUACAGGGAAUCUUGGAGCUAAGAUGAGGAAUACCCCAUAACUGUAAGAAGUAAGAACCUCACUAGUCUACUUUAGCUCUAGUUUUUAGUUCUUCAUGUUACUUGUAUACUAAGUUUUCUUGUGGUACCUGUAUAUGAUUUUAUGAGUGAAAAAGUUUAGGAAUUAGUUGUUAGUAAUGUUAUAGUGAGGGAAUCGAGUUAUGCAUGUUUGGAUUGGCGGUGUAUUUGGCAAAAUUAAAAAUCGCAAUGACGCACUGCGAUUCUGCCAAAUUCAGUGUCAACCUAAACAUUAGUAACUUCUAUUCCUCCCCCAAUCAACCUACUUUAAAUAGAUAUAUAAUAACACUGUCCCAUGUAAUAUGCUAUGGGGAUUUUUCAUUAUCAUAAACCUAUGUAUCUAUAACAUUUUGUAGUUAUAUAGUGUAUACUAUACUCUAAUAUAUUGUCAUAAUAAAUAGAUAAAUUGUUGGGGCCUUUUUGAUAAGAAAA